AUGAUUUGUGUGUACCGUGGUGUGAUCGUUGCGGGUUGGAAAUGGAAAUGUUCUGGUGAUGAUGUGGGAAUUGCAAACUCGUUGUGUUGUAUUGCGCACGACACAAUGGGAAUGGCCGGGGAAGGGGAAGGAUUGCUGCAUGUCCUGUCCAGGAUGACGGGGUUGAGGGCCGGUGGUCCCCAGCUAGAUGCGGAAGGGGGCCGGCACGCGGGAGUAGCUAGCCUAGCUGUCCCUCGGUCCCUCGAGCGCUUGCUUUGUCUCAAGACCUACAGACGAUACGAUGAUGUAGAGCGCAUUAGGCUGGGCGGCCUCAGGUCAUUGAUUUUGCGUAUUGCAGAGGACCUGCAACGAUUUUUAGGCGAAGGCGGUGGGGGGGUGUUUACGGAAGACUUGGGGGUUUAUAAAAAGAACUUGGAUGAUUUAUAUACCUUGUUGUUGGUGGAAAAUAUGUUCGUUCUUGCGGUUGUUUCUGUUGGCUGUUGGCGGCUUUUCAAGGCUGUGUAGAAUUAUAAUGUAGUUAAGAAGUUGAGGUUGAGGUUGCUGCUGGUGAGUAGGUGCUGCACGGAAUUUGAGGUUGGGGUUGAUUAGAUGAUGAUGCUUUCAAUGGUUGAUGCAUUGUCACGGAGGGGCGCUGCAUACGGCUACAGAAAAGGUCAUAUCAUAUUCAGUCCGGUUGUAAUUCAGGGUUGUGCUUGACAGUUUUCAAUUGGUUUAGAAAAGAGGAAAUCCGAAAAGGUAAAACAAGACUUUUUUUUCGUGGAUAUAUGUACACCGCGUGUGCAAAACAUUAGUUCUCUUUUUAGUCCCUGAGGUUAACGGAGGCUGUGUGCUGGAUUGACAGCGGCUGGUGAACAGUUGCCGAUUGGUGCCGAUUUAUGCAAGCUAGGGGGGCGGCAGCUGUGGGGCUGUGGAUAGCUAGGAGUGAGGAGAGGGAGUGUGUGGGUGCGUUGCGUGCUGUGUGCGCUACGAUCGCCACUGCGUUUACCGCCAUUGCUUUCAAACCGAGUUAGGUAGGUCAGAGCUGGUGCAGGUGCGGGUGCUAGGGAUGUCUUAGGAGCAGAGGAACUGCUUAAACUUAUCUUAGCUGCUGGCACCUGGUGUUGCUAAUUUUCCAGGUUAAGGUCUUCUGGGCCGGAUGCGAGAGAGUAAAUGAUUUCACCUCUCUACCAGCAUUUCACUGGAAGUGAAGAACACCCUUUCGGUGCUUAGAAAUGACCUUUUAUCCUUCAUGUCAGGGGUAUUCUCUAGCUCAAGUUGAUAGCAUGCGCAUGGCGCAUAUACUUUUCUGAAUUCCGCGAGGUC